GGGAGGUACCAGGAUAGCUGUGUGGUGAAUCCACUAUCCUUUCCCAUCUCAGGGUCCUCCCCAUCACAGGGGAAGCCAAUGCGUGGAACUUGGGAUCCAGCCAGGCCUCCCUCAUCAGUAAAUACCUUCCAGCUACACAAAUAGGUCCAAAUCUCUCAUCGGCCUAAAACGUAAAACAUGCCCCUCAUCUCUUCUGAGCUGCAGUCCUUACUUCUGUAGAACAUGCCCAUACUACCUCCUCUAGGGGACAAGUAAGAUGUACCCCAAGUGUCCAGAGCGAGGGGUGGGAUAAGGGAUGCUGUCUCUUCACUAAUGCUCCCACUGAUCUGCUCCUUUGCCCACCCCUCCACAAUUCAAAGCACCCCCAGCCACCCAUGAAAUACUCAGAUACUUGUUGGAAUCAGCCUGUGUUCUAGAAUCUUGUCCCCUCCACUGUCCUCCUGGUUCCAUGUAGAAUACCAUCACUGCCAUUCUAGACCAGGCACUCUAGAACUGCAGGGGUCUGUUGCUUUUCCCAGGCAGUUCCUACUUGCUUGCAUCUGACGUGUCUAUGCUCUGGGUAAGAUGCGGUGGCGGGACCGCCUAGCUGUGCUCUCCUUCCCACAGGGCAUGAUGCUCACCGUGGCUGCGCUGAUGCUCUUCUUCAUACACCUGGCAGUCUUUGCCAGUGAUGUGAACAACUUCUGCUUCACCCACCACUAUGACCGCAUGAGCUUCCAAUACACUGUCGUCCUGAUGUUCUCCCAGGUGAUCAGCAUCUGCUGGGCUGCCAUGGGGUCACUCUACUCAGAGAUGCUGGAAAACAAGUUACUCCGGUGCUUUGCCCUCACCAUCCUACUGCUCAAUGGAGCCAUGUUCUUCAACCGCCUGUCCCUGGAGUUUCUAGCCAUCGAAUACCGUGAGGAAAACCACUGAGGCCUGGGCACUGGGGACAGGGCUGAGGAGGGAGAAGGAAAAGACUGCUUCGGGUGUUUUAAUAAAGU